UUCUUCGUGCCACUGAUAUUCAGCGGUGCUUUGAUAAUAAAGAUGAUCUUACUUUGGCAUCAUUUGUAGAAAAGUUUGGCAUUAUGAAUAAACAGUAUGCAUUGAGCAGAUACAACUCAAUAAUUAGUAAUGUCAUUUUUGGAGAUGAUGGCAAACGUUUAACGUCAGAAUUGACGACCUGGAAGCAUACUGAAGAGUAUAAAACGUUCUGGAUCGAUAUAAUAAACAAAAAAACUCAACUUGUCGUUCAUAAAGGAUGUACUCAAUACGUAUCUGAUAGGGCACAAGACGCGUUAAGAAUGUGGUAUUUCUAUAAUACCUCUUUUAUAAUAUAUAAACACGAAUUAGACAAAACUUCAAAUACUAAACACGUUAUUAUGAUCAUAGAAUCAUAAUAACACUUGUACAUCUUGUAAUGGGAAAUUAAGGAACGAGGACUUUUUCCUGAUUUUUUUUUAAAAAAUACAAACAUUUAGUUUGCCGUGAAAGCUCCCCUCUCUGAUCUUCAGUAUAU